UUUUUUAUUCAGUUAGCAGUGAUAUGAGGGUCAAAAGCGAUAUCGUUUUACUCGCUCUGUGUUUCUACGCCACCAAUGCGACAGGUCCAGUUUAUCAGACUGUUUGCAGGCGAACAGGCGGCUCAAUUACUUGUUAUCAGGACAACACUUGGAGCUACAACGAGCGUACUCGUAAAUGCUAUCGUGUUCAACAGAAUAAGGAGCCAUGCGGCUUUUUCGAUGGCGAAAAGGGUUGCAAGGACUUCUGCCACAGGCCCAAUAAAUAAAUCAGAACUAGCAUUCCCAAAUACAUAUUCAUUUUAAUUUGUACAAAUAAAAAUGCUAACUGUUGUUGAUAAUAA